AUGGAGCAGCUCGACCCCGUCACCAGGCGGCCUCUCCCGCAGGAUAGCAUCCAACGCAUCCUCUUCAUCGUCCCCAAUGUCCAUGUCUACACAAUCCCGCCUUUGACCUCGAUGCAGGGCCACAAAGCAGCUACAUGGACCCUUCCUCCCAGCAAGCAAAUCUUCACAGGCCGCAUCCGCGUGCUCGAGACAUCCUCGUCACCGUCGACCUUCAAAGUAGACCUUGUUAUUGAAAAUGCCGACUCGGGCGAGCUCUUUGUGGCUGCACCCUUUGCCGAUGCAAAUGUAAUCGAACCAGCCACGGACAGCUCACGCUUCUUUGCAGUUACGGUGCGAGACGAGGCAAAUCGCAAGGCUUUCCUAGGCAUCGGCUUCGAGGACCGCUCUGAUGCUUUUGACUUCUCGGUGGCUGUGCAGCAGGCCUACAAGACACUUGGCUGGAUAACGGACCCUGCGGCCACAGAAAAGGCUAAGAAUGCAGAGGCCGAUGAGAAGAAGGACUAUAGCCUCAAGGAGGGACAGACCAUCACGGUCAACUUUAAAGGCCGCCGAAGGCCAGAGCGACAAGACGACCCGUUUGAGACUGCUAGCAGCGGUAGCUCCUUUUCUCUUCCGCCGCCGCCGUCGAAAUCAGGAGGUGGUGGUUUCUCGCUGCCUCCUCCGCCCUCUGCAUCGGAUGUAAAGAGCAAGAGACUCUCUCUGAAGGACAUGGGCUUCGAUAAUGGAGCAUCUGGCGAGUUUGAAUAG